AAUAAAUCGAAAUGAGAAGACCCAAUUCUUCUUAAAGGCCUAAUUCAACACAAAAUUUUAAUCAGACUCUUAAAAGCUCUGGAGUUUUCGAAAACAAUGAAGAAGAGAGGCAAAAAAAGACUUAGAUGGAAAAAGCGAGGUCGGAUGUUAGAAAAAAGCAAGAAGAAUUACACUUGAAGCAACUUGAAUUCAAAAUAAUAGAGGCUAUGGAUAUGAAGGAAAUCAAUACAAUGCUAUUAGAGAGAAAUGCUGUUGUGUUCUAGCAAAUUAAAGAGAUUUUUGAUGAAGGAUAGGUAUAAUCAAUAUGUAUGUAGGUCAAAGAACCUGAAAUUAAAGUUGAUCUGAAUUAAAUAGAUGUUAGAAAACCUAGAAUUGAUAAUUAUGGCAAGAGAUAUGUUGAAUAAGCUAAAAACAUCUAUAAAAAACCAAAUACUACUGAAAUUAAGGAACUUGUCGAAUAAUUCAAUCAAAACACUAGGUUGCAGGGAUCAAAGUAGGUGGACAGUUUUCAGAGAUUGCAUAUGGAAUAUUACAAGAUUUAUGCUACAUUCUUACAAUCACAACCAGUUAUCGAGUAGAACAGAAGACAAUUGAUAUAAGGUAUUGAAUAAUAUUAUAAUGCUGUUUAGAAUUGGGAGAGGUUCAUGAAUUGCUAUCAGUUUUAAAUAAUGCCCCGUCAUUCGAGAAACCAGCAAUUUGGAAUAAACAAUAACUGCCUGAGGAAGACAAGAUGAUUGUUGACGACAUAGUCAAUAAAAAUAUAAGGCAAAUAUAGAAUAAAUAUGACUUUUCCAUUCACGAUUUUGAAAACGAAGGAGUUUUAGAAGAGGUUAAGGAUUAUAUAAAAAACAAGUAUUUUAAAGGAAUUGAUCAUACUAAAUGA